AUGUUUAGUGGAAAAAUUACCAUAGGAAAAGUGUCCAGGAGUGGCUUUUUCUCUGUUGAUUAUACUUUUGGUGACAUUGCUAGUAACCAGGAUUUGCAUAGAAUAAAAGAACGAGUAGGUACAGACGCUUCCAGCUUGAGAAAGGCAGACCCCAAAAGUCGGAGUGCACUGUUGGCUGAUAUCCAGCAAGGAACUCGCCUACGGAAAGUCACACAGAUCAAUGACCGCAGUGCCCCACAGAUUGAGAGUUCUAAAGGAAUCAACAAAGAAGGAGGAGGGUCUGCAAACUCUCGAGGCGGAAGCACACCCCCAAGCCUGGGAGACCUGUUUGCUGGUGGCUUUCCUGUGUUGAGACCAGCCGGCCAGAGGGAUGUGGCAGGUGGCAAAACAGGGCAGGCCCCUGGCUCCCGUGCACCUUCUCCCCGGCUUCCCACGAAAACUCUCAGUGGCCCACUUAACCCUCCUGCUUCUCCCAGGCUAGGCAAUGCCUCUGAGGCUCAUGGCACCUCCAGGACAGUCCCUCCUCGCCCCAGCAUGCCUGCCCCACCGCCUCCCACCCCGCCCCCACCUCCUCCACCCCUACCCCCACCCCUACCCCCUUCCUCCCCCACCAAAGCUCCGCUGGUGUCCCCACCUGGCCCGCCCACCAAAGGGAACACCCCAGGGGUUGCACCCCCUCUCCCCUCUGCACCGCCCCCUCCCCCUCUGCCCCCACCCCUUCCCGCAACACCACCCCCACCCCCCCUGGCCUCUGUUCUCAGUGACAAGGCCAUGAAGCCUCAGCUAGCCCCCUUGCACCUGCCGCCCAUCCCACCCCCACUCCCUCUCCUCCCACCUUGUGGGUAUCCUGGGCUCACUGCCCAAGAUGUUCGGGAGCCUCCCGCCCCACCCCCUCCACCACCCCCACCCCCUCUUUAUGCUUCCUGUACCCCGAGGUCCUCUGUGCCUGUGCCUCCUUUGCCAGGAGCUAACAACAACAGCGAAGCCCCACUCCUGCUGCCCCCCAAGUCUCCCAACUUCCAGGUCCAGCCACCCAAGUCCAGCAUGCAGGCCUUGCCGGCGCCACCAGCCCCUCCAGGAUCCCAGCCAUUCCUGCAGAAGAAGAGGCCCGGCCGAGGCCCAGGGACCAGUGGGGGGAAGCUAAAUCCACCCCCAGCACCCCCUGCGAGAUCACCCACCACGGAGCUUUCAAGCAGAAGCCAACAGGCCCCAGCCUGGACCCCGACACAGCAGCCUGGAGGUCAGCUGCGGAACGGAAACCUGCAUAUCAUCGAUGACUUUGAAUCUAAAUUCACGUUUCAUACUGUGGAAGACUUUCCUCCUCCAGAUGAAUAUAAACCAUGCCAGAAGAUUUACCCCAGCAAGAUCCCCAGAAGCCAUACACCUGGUCCCUGGCUCCACGCUGAGGCAGCAGGGCAGAGCUCGGAUGACAUCAAAGGCAGAAAUUCUCAGUUAUCUCUAAAGACACUCCGGUGAGAAGACAGAUGAAGCCAAUGUCCUGUGAGCCACCUGGGGGUCCAUAUCGCCAGAUGGGCAUCCCCAGGAGAACGUGUCUGGCCUCGCCAUACUUAAGUUUUAAUUCAGUUGACAUACAAGCUCUGAGUGGAGCAUUUAUUUAUUGUAAAUAUGUGGUUUGCACAGGCUUUAAAUCAGUAUGACCGUCGACUUUUAUUUGCAUAAUUUAAAAAACCACACCCAUAUUAUGUUUCUCCAUUUUCUGAAGAUGCAUCUUGGCAUUCAUCUGUCAGUACAGAUAGAGCCCUGUCCCCACCCCAUGGUGUCCAUUCCAUGACUGUACAUAAUGCGUGCGGGCUGGCCCUUCCUAGAUUCAGAAACAUUUUGAGAAGAUUCCUUCGUUUGCAAGUAGUCCCAAAGUCAGAGUACCCACAGCCGCUUCUUAUUGGCAUGAUUCUAUAUUCUCAUCACGCACACUGCAAAAUCAAACCAAAUAAUGCCUUAUAAACGAUGCAGCUCAGAGACAGUAGUGUGUCCCCACACCCAGACAAUGCCACACAGCCUCCAGUGAACGAGAUGUCAUGUCUCGCUUCUGUUUUGCAGUACAGGGAUUUUAUUUUUGCUGCCUAAUGUAAAUAUGACGCAAAAGAAAGGCAAGAGUGGGCUCAGCCCCUCCGAUGCCAACCACAGGGCCCUUUUGUAACUGAAUGCUCCUACCAGUAGCCAAUGUCCUUCCUGUUUACAGUGCCCCUGGUGCCCACGUGCCCGUGGCUUUCCUCCCAUCCUGCCUAACUUCCCGACUCCAUCCUGGCAGCCAGGGUAGGGCGAGAUUCGGGUACUUUUUUCUACAAGUUAGAAACAUCCGUAACUCAUUAUUAUAGUCAAUUACAUAUUCUAUCUCAGAGAUGGAUUGUUGUUUUUCUUCCUCCCGGAGAGCAGGAUUUUCACAGUAAAUAUGACACAAGGAAGUGUAGACUGAAGCCUAUUAGCAAGUAUCUGCCUCACCUACCUGGUGCCUCACUCCGACCCUUAGGAAACCUGGAAGCACCCGCCGGGCGAACCUAGCUCCCUUCUGAACUAAAGAGGACCUGAGGAGUCUGAGAGCUCCUCCUUCCCUGUGGGGGGCGCACUUCUCUGUCGGAGAGAAGUGCCCAGGGCCAGCUCCCUCAAAUAUGGAACUGGUCGGGAAGGGCUCUGGCUACUAUUCUCACACCCUUUUUCUGGAGCUGGCAAGGAAAUGGAAGUGUGUGUUUGCUUGCACCUGACCCCAAAUGCUCCCCGUUCUUGGAGGGGAAGCUGUAAGAGAGGAAGGAGAGAAAAUAGAAGGAAACAGACUGCCCCCAGGUCUGUGCUCAAAAUAGGUAGAGAUGAAAGGAAAUAGGUUGGGGGCGGGGGGGAGGUGGUGAGAAGAGAAAUGGAAAAACAAGUGUCCUUUGGAACAACCCACUCGUGCUCAGACGUGAAGGACACCGUGCCCGGACCAAGCCAUCCAAAACAGCCGGUUAGGAGGGUUUGGGCAAACGUGACUGCACACACUUAGCUAUUGUCCAGAGUAAAAACUAGGAUGGCAUCCCACAUUACUGUCAUGCUUUGUCAUUCUGGAAAGAAGCCACUGAGCAAGGUCAAGUGCCCUUCUCUGGGGAAUCAAUCAUCCCAAAUUGUCACUGCUAAAUCAAUUGGAAAAGAAGCUUUGCAGGUCAUCAGCUCUGAGCAUAGCUGAUUUGUUUUAUUGGUUCUGGAAGGUUUCCAAAAGGUCAGGAUUUUUUUAUUAUAAUGGGAUCCGCUCCAUCGCUCUCCCAGUUGUAGGAAAAUAAUUACAAGGGCUUUAAUUAUUUAUCACGAUGAAGAAGGCCCAAGACAAAAGGCAAGUCCACCUUCAGAGGAGACUGGCCGCCCCGAUGAGGUGUUGAUGCAUUCACAUUCCACACCACUGGGAUAGAAAUUAAAAAUAAAACCUAUCAAGGACAGAGGGAAGGGAUGAGCGAGACCAAAAAUUGCAACUAGGUUAGAAAUCUCAGGAAUCUGGCCUCCCAUCUCUCCUCGAGACCUGUCACUGAAUUCACGCCCUUGGAACUCAGGCGGUGCCCGCCUCUGGCAGCACAGACCGUUAGCCCCUUGGCCAUAAACUCACGCAGAGGCGUCGAGUUCCAGCGCUCUUACCGCUCCACAGACACGGUCUGUGGCUCCCCGUGUUUCAUAUGUAUUUUAUAUUUAUUGAUGUGCCCUCUGCAGACUCAUUUCUUUGUAUCUAAUAAACUUAAAUAAGUGGAAAUGCUUCUGCCCGUGUCCUUGUUGAAACCCAUCGAGGGGCACCAGUGCCGAUGUAAGCCAGCCAUUUUUCAGGGUUAGAAGGGCUCCUGAGGGUGAUGGGACACAAAGGAUACUCACACAGGACCCAAAGCAUGCUGACACGCUGUGUUCGAAAUGGGGCCUUUCUUUUCUGAGCUGACAUUACUAACUAACCUACAUAAUGUUUUUCUAGU